AUGUUUUUCACACUGAAUGAAAUAGUGCAGUGGAUUGGACUCACUGUUUUUGAAAUCUGGAUAAACUUAAUUACCAUAACUAUUUUUUCUGUUCUGUUGACAUUGAAAAUAGAUGGUCUUGUAAAUAGUGCAUGGUGGACAAUAUUUGCCCCAUUAUUUGUAAGUGAUGCAAUGAAUGCAUACUUCUGUUGUAUUGUGUGUAUAAGAAUGAAUUUAGAGAACUCUUACAAAGCAUCAUUAUACAGAGCUUCUUGGAGUGCAAUAUUCCUAGGUUUAACAUUUGUUUUUAAAUUCCUUUUGUGUAGAAAGCUCCAAGGUGAUUCUGCCAUUGAAUAUAGUGAAGUGUUUGCACCAUUAUUUAUACUGUUGCAAUUAAUAGCUGUAAGAGCUUGUCAACUACAUCAAUAAAUUUAUACUAAAUGUAAGGUAACUACUGUCAUAAAACUUUUGUAUAUUUAUUAAAACAGUGGUAUUAAUAUAAUCUUUAAUUUUAAAAAGUAUUCCAAGGAU